AUGAAGAACAAGUUGAGAUCCACCGCGGGGGGAGGAGGAGGAGGAGGAAUUAAACAAAACAACCUUCGCCAAGGCUUUUGUUUACUUUCCUUCAACUUCAACUUGUUUAUUUUCUUUAAACCCCGUGUGUUUCGACUAUUAUCAACCACCCCUUUCAUCAGUGUCUUAUUGUCUAAGAUCAACUCUUCCUUUGAUACCCUUUGGGCAUCAACCCAACACAGUACGACCAUCUGA